AGGCGUUUCUUGCACAUUCAGCAUUAUAUAGAACAACUUUCCUCUUGCAGGGACAAGAGCUUUCCUCUUUCAAAGAGCUAAGGAUUUUUUGUUUCUCUCUCUCUAUAUAUAUAUAUAUUUCUCUCUUUAGGAAAUCUCCUUGCCUUCCAUUUAUUCAUCUGCGAACCCUAGUCUUUUCCAUCUGUAUCACGAUCGAUCGAUCGCUCGCUCGCUCGCUCAAACCACGAAUCACAUUUUCGAUCUCCUAUUAUGGCUUCUGGAUCUUCAGGUCGUAACAAUUCGGGUUCGAAAGGGUUCGAUUUUGGCUCCGAUGACAUUCUCUGCUCGUACGAAGAUUACGCCAAUCAGGAGAGUUUUAAUGGUAGUCAAACCGAUCCUGGGCUCGGAACCAAUUCCCCCAAGGAUCUACCUAAAAGCAGAAUGGCUAGAUCACAUUUUCCUGCUUCCUCCUAUGGUCCACCAGAAGAAAGUUCUAGCCAAGAUGUGAUUUCUACUGUUGAAAAGACCAUGAAGAAAUAUGCUGACAAUCUCAUGCGUUUUCUUGAGGGAAUCAGUUCAAGACUCUCGCAAUUGGAACUAUACUGCUACAAUCUCGAUAAAUCCAUUGGAGAAAUGCGAUCUGAAUUAGUUCGUGACCAUGGAGAUGCAGAGUCAAAGCUUAAAUCUCUCGAGAAGCAUGUCCAAGAGGUCCACAGGUCAGUACAGAUCCUAAGAGACAAGCAGGAACUUGCUGAAACCCAGAAAGAACUUGCCAAGCUUCAGCUUGCACAGAAAGAAUCCUCUUCUGGGUCCCAUUCCCAACAGAAUGAGGAGAGAGUUGCACCACCAACAUCUGAUCCUAAAUGGACUGAGAACACAUCAGACAUGCACAACCAGCAAUUGGCUCUUGCUCUGCCCCAUCAAGUAGCCUCACAGCCUUCACUCCCCAACAGACCUGUUGAACAGCAGCAGCCCGUGGCACCCCUUCCACCUCCCCCACCUCAGAGUGUUUCCCAACCACAGGCGUACUACUUACCUCCAGCCCAUAUAUCAAAUCCCCCAGCCCAAUCACAACCAACCCAGGGUCAAUAUCUGCCAUCUGAUUCUCAAUAUGGAACUCCCCAAAUGCAAGACAUGUCUAGGGUGGCACCGCAGCCAGCACAAUCUCAAGUAAAUCAGACACCGCAAAUCCAACCAUUACCUCAGUUUCAGCAGCAGUGGCCUCAGCAGUUACCUCAGCAGGUGCAAGCACCUCAGCAGCCCUCUAUGCAACCGCAGAUAAGACACCCAUCAACUGCAAUAUAUCCUACUUACCUGCCAAGUCAACCUGCAAACCCCUCUCUUCCAGAGACAGUUCCAAACAGCAUGCCGAUGCAAGUACCAUUCUCGGGAAUUUCGCAACCCAGUGCAAGUCGUUCGGAGGCAAUGCCUUAUGGAUAUGGCGGGACUGGUAGAACAGUUCAGCCACAGCCUCCACCUCAGCAGCUCAAACCCUCUUUUGGAAUGCAGACUGGCGAUGGGUACACAGCUGCUGGAGCUCAUCCCACAACCUCUCCAGGGAACGCAUAUUUGAUCUAUGAAGGUGACGGGGGAAGGAUGCAUCAUGCACCCCAACAACCUCAAUUUCCACAAGGUGGCUAUCCUCCAACAAAUGUCCCUUCUCAGAAUCCCCGGCCCCCACAAUUCAUGCAUAACCAUCCCUACAAUGACCUGAUUGAGAAAUUGGUGAGCAUGGGUUACAGGGGUGAUCACGUUGUUAGCGUGAUUCAGAGGCUGGAGGAGAGUGGUCAGCCUGUUGAUUUCAAUGCUGUGCUCGACAGGUUGAAUGUGCACUCUUCCGGAGGUUCUCAGAGAGGAUGGUCUGGGUAAGUAAGUAUUCUGCAUCCAUCCUAAACCAUCCAUUUAUCACAGCAACCUCCAAUUGCCACAUCAAACAUCAUAUGUUUUUAGUUUAAUCUUUUGUCUAAUAAAGGAUAGUGUAAUUUGCUUGUAGUUGGUGUAUAUGGAUUAGAGAUACAAAAAGAUCACUGUAUAUUUGUGACUUGAUUCCAAAACUGCGUAAUUGGUUUUUAUUUACCAUGAUCAAGUUGAUUUACAAUUUGACUGACUA